CUGCGGAGUGUCUCCAUCUCUCUCUCCCGCAGAAAGGCAAAAAAUGGAGGAAGCUUGAUGCGAGAUGUUAGCUUGAAUUUGAAACGCUUAUUCCUUACCUUUCUAACCAAGGAACUAAUUCUAGACGUGCAUUAGAGAGAAAGAUGGAAUGGUGACCUCCUAACGGGGUCUGCUCGUGCCAUUGUGUUAAGAGCCUUUGCCGAGAAUUAAUAUGUCUGAGGAAAGAUAUGGAGCACACAACCGAUCAUUCCUCAGCGUCCUGAGAUAAAUUGGUAGCUGCGCAGAAUGGGUGCAAAAACGGGCACCAAAGCUGGACGUCCUUUCAAGCAAAAUGGGAAGGCUAAAGUACAGGAGAAAGAGGAGCCACCCAAGGGCCCAGAUUUUUCUGUACUGAGGAAGCCUGUUGAGAUUAGUGUUACUGGACUAAGUGAGUUGGUAAAGGUCUUUGAGAAUUCACCACCAGAACUACACCAUCUAUUAUCUUAUGAAUGUGAUGUAGUUUAUGAGUGUAAAGUUUGCAGAAACCUCUUUCGUAGUUUAGCAAACUUUAUUUCACACAAGAGGGUCUAUUGCACUCAACUCCAUGGCAAUUCUCAAAAUAACUUAUUCAAACCCCAAUCCAAUAAAAGGGUUAAUGACACUGCUGUGAUUGUGGAACCUGAAGUUGUCAGAACCACAAGAGCCAGAGAACAUUGGCGCACAAGUGAUGUUGGAAGUUCUGGGGAUGCUAAAGAAGUAUAUGAACCAAAGACAAGAAAUGGCCUAGCUGAACCUGCUCCAUUUCGUAUAACUAUAAAAAAGGAUCUGACUUCUAUUGUUGAAAAACUUAUGCAGAAGAACUCAAUGCAGACCUUGAAUGAAACAGCCAGUCAUUUAUCAUCCACAUCUGAAUUUUAUGAUGAUGUAAGCAAAGAACUGAAUCAAAGAAAGAAAGAAGCAAAGCAACACACAAUCCAUUUGCAGCCAAUUGAAAACACUUCCUAUGGAGUCUUUCAGACCAUUGUGCAGACUACUGGCUCUUCAGAGCUUAUUAAGUCUCAGGUCCAAGAUCUCCAUAGAAUAAUAUCAGAUACAGACGCUGUCCUUGGUCCAGAUGGUAGAGUAAUUGAAAAUGGUACCACUCAAAGCAGUAGCAUAUACCAUGAAGACAGGAGAAAAAAGAUGAAGACUUUUGAUGCUGAAGAAUACAAUGGCCCUCCUGUUACAGCACCUGAAUCAGAAGUGGAGCUGUUUUGUAACUUAUGUAAAGAGUACUUUUCAUCAUACAAAAGUUUAAAUCACCACAUGAAAACAUUGCAUAUGACUUUCCGCACAUUUUAUCCAUGUCCUUGUUGCAAGCUUCCUCUUUCAAACUCUUGGAGUGUGUAUCGCCACUUGCUAAAAGUGCAUAGAAAAACAAAUGAGCAAAUUCGUAAAUUAAGAGAGAAAGUGAUAAAAAGAUCAUUCAAGCGAGAAGUUUUGCAGAGUGGUGCUCAAAAACUUUCUAAAUCAAAUGUGUCCGAAAAUCCCCUUUGUCCAUCUGAAUUGAUAUAUGACACAAAUCAUAAACCUGUACCCCUCACAGAGGAAGAUAGUUACAAGCAAUGGUUUGGUCACCAUGAAGAUGGAUUCGGCCAGUGUUGUGGAGUUUGUGGUCGCCGUUUUGAUAGACGAGCUGCACUACUUGCUCAUUCUCAGUCAUGUCAUAAACAGUCAACUUCCAAGCAGAACUUAUCUGGACCUGGACGUACACCUGUCCAGCUAGAGAAGCCAGCAACUGUUGGCCGCCAGACUCAGAACAGCAAAGCUGCAGCAUCUCCAGGUCCUUUGUCUCCUGCAAUAUCAGCUUUUCGGGCAAGUACAGUUCUUCCUGUACUCCCUCUCCAUCUUGCAGAAAAGCAACCAACUCCAACUAAGAAAAUUGAAAUUCAAAUUCGAAGGGAUUAUGGGAAGACAAAUAUCAACAAUCCCGAGUGUCGCACUAGAACCCCCUCAACAAGUAGAUCUGAUGAUGGUGCUGCAUCAGUCAGUCGAUCAGAUGAUGGUACAACAUCUGGAAGUAGUGAGACAGAAACAAGUGUACACUCAGAAAAGAGACUACAGCUGACAAAAGACCAUGAUAACCAACUUGAUGAUGGAGAUCAAAGUAAACUAAAUCACAAAAGUGUAAGACGUCCAUCAACAGCAUCUCAAACCACAGAUAUGAAUGAGAGUGACCCACCAGUUAAACGAAGAGUUGGCAGGCCUCGCAAGCACAGACCUGAAGUAGUUCUUGUGAAUGGAACUAAUCUGACAGAGUCACAUCCAGUUUCAAUAUCAGAUGGUAGUGAUGAUUCUAAUGACGUGAAGGACAAGCCACUAAGCAAUGAAAGUAAGAAAAGGAAAGCUAGUGAAGCUCUUCUAUGUGCAGAAGAUGAAAGUGAGGAUGACAAUAAUAGGUGGUCUGACUCUAAGAAUAAUGAAGGGGAAUCUCUGUCGCCAAGUGAGCACAGAGCAUCAACCCAACCUAGUGCACCCAAACGGAAGUUACUUUGUCUUAUAUGCCACAAGAAAUUUAAGUCUCCCUUUUCUUUAAGACAACAUUUAUCAACAGUGCACAUAAGUUACAACCGUUUCCGUUGUUUAAUAUGUGAAUUUAGAUGUUUCUCCAAACCUGACUGUAUCUCACACGUCUUAAGAAUGCAUCUUGAUCCAUGGGAAAAAGAGAAGGCCGUAGCUAUGGUACAAGAUAUGCAAAUGGACGCUGGGGGUAGCACUGAUGCUCAUCCUUGCGACGAGCAAAUUGAUAGUGGUGAUUCUGAGAGUGCCAUCAGUGAUCCUGAUGGACAACUGGAAAGCCCGGAAAAGUCUGAUGAUUCAUCACCUGAUGACUUGCCAAACAUUAAUCAAGUAGUGCAUGAAGGUCCAUCAAUAGAAGGUGUUGGAGAAAUAAUUGGUGUUGCUUGACCUUACUUUGAUUGUAUCAUGUGCCAAAUGAUAGUUUUGUGUAAAUGAUUGAUUGUGAUAAUUGUUCAUUCAGAUUGUUCUGGAUAAACUUAUACUUGAAGAAAUGUUA